GGUUUCAGUGGGUGUAUUUUUCUACUGCUACAGGGAUACCAAGAUGGAAAUUCAGGGGCUUUUUGCAGUCCAAAGCCAAAUACAACAUCAACAUGGCGGCAUCUGUCAUCAGGAAGAGCUACCUACGGCCGGAUCAGAACGAUGCAAAACAGUCCAAGCUGGCCGGUAUAGUCCAUUACAUAGUCAUGAGCACACGGACAAUUGCAGUCAUCUUGUCCUCGGCCCUACAGAACAUGGCGACCAUAACUUCACUCAGGAAGACAGGAAAAAAGAGCUAUAUACGACAACUGAAAAUACCAGAGUAUGUGAUGCAGACAGCCUGCUGGUCUCUAAUGAGACAAGACAGACGAGCGAAAAAAACGGACAAGAGGAACUUAAGAUCAAAGAAAAACAGAUGAACCUUAAUUUGCCUCUCAUUCUGGUUCAGGACAACCAGCAAAAACAAGAUGAAGGAGGCGGACAGCCGCCACCAGCUAGCAGAACUCCAGAGAUGGACAGCAUAGUACUACCUGGUAGUGCGGAGAACAAACAAUUUUUUGUAGUGUUUAACUUUGUUCACGAAACGGACGGAGACCUUGCGAAAGAAAGCGAGGUUAGUACAACGUGUGAGGAUGGGCAUCCAAAAGAAGGAAUAUUAGAAUCACAUAUUUCUUCCAAAAAUGUAGUUCCUGUCAGCGAAGAGUCAAGAACAUGCUUGUUUACCUCUGUGCAGAAUGACCAUUUUGGCAUUACCGGUGAUUCCCCCAAUGAUCUCAAACUAGAAUAUUGUACGGCUAGUUCCAAAGGGUUAGAUUUUGACGACGAUCGCAGGUCCACAAGUAAUAGUAAAGUUUGGCAUACUAAUGUGAUGCCAGCUAUUCAGAGCAGUGCUCCUGCUAGGGAAUCCGAGGAACACUGCCUUCAACAAGACACUGGCGUGUUUGCAGGUGGUGACCUAAUUACUCUAAAUUCGUAUCCCUUAUUGGGUGACAGCACAGGAUUAUUGUUAGAGAGCGUCACAGGCUUGACUAGUGAACAGAGUGUUAAUAGUGAUUCACCGUGCCAGGGGACGUUUUCAGGAACACUUACCAUCAACAACCAAAACUUAAUCGUAAGGUUGGAGAAUGGAGUACUCACUCUGGCGACGCAGAGUGAGUGUAAUGAAGACUUACUGAAAGAAGAUGGUAUUGAUGUGAAGGCAGGUGUUGCACUGAAGGGACUUCAGGAUGUGGUAUUCAUUGACUACGAGAAUAAAAUUCUCGAAAGUGCUAUUGCUCAUGAAUCGGAAAAUAGUAAAGAAUCUGAACAGCAGGUAUCGGAAGAACCGACGGGUGGUUUGCACGACGAGUCUUGUUUGGAUCCGAACUCGACCCUCAACUCUUCUGUAUCGCAGAAAGACUCUGAAGAUAGCGCCUCAUACACUAUAGAUGAGGUUGGCACUGCACACCCGGACUCGGAAGAUGGGCAGCUAAACAAUUACAUAAUUGCAAAUAGUCGCGAUGGUGUUCAGGUCAAGUUACCAGAUGGCAGUAACCUUGGCAAGAAAGGUGUUCUUGUGGUUUAUCACUGUUCUGAAGUAAACUGUGCCAAAACCUUUGACAAGAAACACAAACUGAAAAUGCACAUCCUGUCUCAUACUGAGGGACAGAGACCAUUUAAAUGUACAGUGGAUGGAUGCAGUUGGUCUUUUACUACUUCAUAUAAACUGAAAAGGCAUUUGCAAUCUCAUGAUAAGGUGCGACCAUUCACCUGUCACGUAGAAAAUUGUGGGAAAAGGUUUACUACCGUUUAUAAUUUGAAAGCACACGUGAAGGCUCAUGAACAGGCAAAUAGCUAUAUGUGUGGGGUUUGUAAUGAGUGUUUCUCCACACCAGCCAAAUUGAACACUCAUCGGAGGACUCAUUAUGAACCUGAAAGACCUUACAAAUGUGAAUUUCCUGAUUGUCAGAAGACUUUCAUUACAGUCAGUGCACUCUUUUCUCAUAAUCGUGCUCAUUACAGAGAACAGGAGCAGUUUUAUUGCUCUUUCCCUGGUUGUGACAAGCGCUACGAUAAAGCCUGCCGUUUGAAGAUUCACUUACGGAGCCAUACAGGGGAACGGCCUUUUAUCUGUGAUUUUGAAGGGUGCGGUUGGUCAUUUACCAGCAUGUCUAAGUUGUUAAGGCAUAAAAGGAAACAUGAAGAUGACAGAAGAUUCACAUGUCGGGUAGAUGGCUGUGGCAAGUCAUUCACCAGGGCUGAACACCUUAAGGGUCAUAGUAUAACUCAUCUUGGUACCAAGCCAUUUGAAUGCCCUGUGGAAGGUUGUUGUGCAAAAUUUUCUGCCCGCAGUAGUCUGUACAUUCACUCCAAGAAACAUCUGCAGGAUGUGGAUUCAUUGAAAACACAGUGCCCUGUUUCUGACUGUAAUAAACAUUUCACUUCAAAACACAGCAUGAAGUCCCACAUGGUGAAACAGCACAAUUUCAGCCCAGCCCUUCUGACGCAGUUAGAGGUAACCAGCUCGCUGACCCCAAGCAAUGAAUUGACUAGCUCAGGACAAGGUGAUCUAAGUAAUAUAGACAUCACAUCCCUCUUCUCUGGUGUACAUAGUAAUAGUUCCAGCAUCACAACAGACCUGUCUCUAGUAAACUCUGGAAUUCUCACCAUUGAUGCUGCCUCUGUUGGCGCCAGUCUUGGAGGAAGUGUGUCUGUCAGUAGUAAUCCUUUAGCCCAGGCAAGUGACCCUCUAAUAUUGACAGGCAGCAGUGAUAUUUCACACAGCUUGGACAGCUCUUUGUCACUUGGAAGCAGUAAUGCCAUUUUACACCAAGGCACCUUAAAUCUAGAUGACGUGCAGACUGUAAAUGCAGAAGCGCUUGGAUCACUUGCUUCUCUUUCAAUGAGGACUUCUAAUCAGGAUUUGCAUGGUUUGACUUCCACUAAUACCUUAACAGUUGACACUGCUACUUUGACACCCUCUGGCAGCCUUAGUAGUAGCCAUGUCUCUGAGCUUUUAAUCCCAACAAAAGUUGAUCGGACCCUACUUUCUGCUUCUGAUGUAAUUGGUCAACAGGAAGGAAGCAAGGUAGUGACUCAGUUUGUUUUUUCAAGCCCAACUAACAGCUACAGUGCUCAGACGGAGACGGAGCUAAGUGCAGUGUCCGGAACAUCUUUUUUGGAGAGUGGAGGUUCGGCAAGAACUGAUUACAGAGCCAUUCAGCUAGCAAAGAAAAAGAAACAAAAGGGGACUGUUAACAGUACAGGAAUAGGGAGCCUAAUGCAGAAAAAAAACAAAUGCAGCAAGGUUGGCAUUAGCAGCUCAUCUGUUAAUCCUAGUGGUCGAUUAUGUGGCAACAGUGGCAUUGUGUUGCCAAGUUGUGGAUUAACUAUACGGGAUCCAGGAACGGGUGCUCAGUUUGUCCAGAUUCAGCUAUUGCAGGAUGAUCCUGCCAGUGAUACAGAUUUGGCUUUCCAGCUCAGUUCUCAGUCUCCUACCUCCCACUCUCAGCUUACCGUGGACUUGCCAGUGAAUAUCCUCCAGGAGCCACAUACUACAGCUGAAGAUGAUCCUGAAUCUGACAACUCUCAAUUUACUGGCAGCACUAUAAAUUUACAGGACCUUGAAUAAUUGCUCUGCUCUGCAUUAUCAGAAUUGCAUGCACAUAAGUAAAUGUGUAAUUUGAUAGUGGAAUUGUGAGAUCUAGGCAAAAAAAAAAAAAAAUGAAGUGCCUGUAUUUGCAUUUAUUUUGUAUUGUAUAUCAUAUAUAUCUUUGUCAGUGGAGGCAUUUUUUCUGAUUCUGGUUCUUGAAAUGAAGGAUUACAUGGCACUUAACUGGAAUGAACUGUGCAGUGAGACUUUCCAGAAUGAAGUCUGUGCAUUAAUUAUAUAUGGCCAGAAAUUCUGUAAUCAAUGUGAUUCUUUUUCUUUUCUCAAGGAAGGUAAUGCUCUCCAGUUUUCUGCAAUUUAGGAAUCAAAUGUAUUGUCUAUAGGACUUAUUUUUGGCAUAGGUUGUACAGAGUUAUUUAUUGAAAGUUCCACAACAGUGGAAUACAUAGCUGAAGUAUUAAAAUAUUGAUCAUAUCAGCUGUGAUUUGAUCACAUACAGCUUUCUAAGUGGAAGACUGAAUGCAUUUACUUGGUCAUGUUCCUUGAAUUUGUACAUACAGAGUUUUAUAAUAAACAUUUUUGAAAAUGUUCUGUAAAUAUACCUUAGGCAAAUACAGACAUUGUCUGUGCAGUGUUUACAUUUUGAAGACUUAUUUGAUAUCCUUUUUUAUGUUAACUGUACAUAAAAUGAUGCUUUAAGUAUUAAAAUAUAAUGAAUA